UUCAGAAAGAAUGUGAUAUCUUAAACUUAAACAACUGCCCUUGUUCCGUUAAAGAUGGUUGCCUGCCCGUUGUCUUAUAGAUGGGAAACAGCUAAAGAUCAAUGUCCUAAAAUCCUAAGAAGUAUCAAAAUUGACUUCUGGGAAUGUCUCAAUAUUCAAAAGGUAAAAGUUGAACUAUUUUCUAAAGACAAGACUGUGGCAUUUGUCGAAUUUGAUGGGAAAGACUCCACUUACAUGAACUGGUUCCAUAAUAAUAGAGUACUAAAAAGCAGCUGGCCUGAUAUGCGGAAAGGAGGACAAUUUAAUAUUUUUUCACUCAACAAGGAAGCUCGCUAUGGAAGACAUUUCUUUAUUAACAAGUCAUAUCCUCGUAAUGGGUGUCCAGGAGAUUCGGGAUGGUUUGUUGUCAUGGACGCCCCGGGAUCCAAACCAUGCCGCUGGGAAAAACAGAAUUCCUACCCUCAAUUUCUAUACAGUAAAGAUGAAAAAGUGACAAAAUGGCAAAAUAUGAGGUAUGGACGAGCUGAAGUUUUAAACAUCUAUAUAAAGAGAGCUUGAAGACUCGAAGACCUAUGCUGCUGAUUAGGCAAUAUUGUUAA